CUCUCAGUCAAACCGUCACCAGUACCCAGCUAAACAUGCCCUCAGAUCUCGAGAUUCUCUCUCCAGUUCGUGAGAACGCGAACGAAAAACCAAAUGUCGCGUCCGAUGCAUCUGCUAAGACUUCUACGAAAAAAACGCAAAUCAGAUGUAGCUGUAAUCGAUGUGUCUGAGGGCGAAAACGAUCCAGUUCCUAAGCCCAAGAAGGCCAGGAAGAACGCGGCGACCUCUUCGUCUUCAGACAAGGGGAAGGACUUGUUCUCCAUCUCGCUCCCUGGCGACGAGGAUGGCACGGUGGAAACCUAUGACUCUUGCAAUGACGUCCGACGUAAAAUCAACGCGCAUCUGAAAUCCCCCAUCACCAAAACUCAGUUCUUACGCGACAUCGUGCGCGCUGCUUAUCCUGGAUCACAGAACUCGAUCAAUAUUCAGUCAAAGCAGCUCAGUGAUUUCUUGACGAAGAAAGGUGCUACUGCGGGAAGUACCAGCAGAGUGUAUUAUGCUGCGUAUGUUUACUUUGAAAAGAAACGGUUGAGUGAGGGGAAGGCUAAGACGAAGCAUCGGCUUGAGAUGGAAGAGCAAUGGGGUAGACAAGGAGGGAUGCCGAGGGAGAGAGAGAGAGGUUACUGGUGUAUGGAAGGAACGGUACCAGUUCAGAACAACCUUGGAAAGGUUAGCUUGGUUGGCUCAGGGAACUGAACUUGGUCGCUCGCCGCACAAGACGCUUACACUUUUUGUUCUGAUAACUUCUCACUUAGUCGCAACUGC